GGCAGGGGCGGACUGACCAUUUGGAAACUCGGGCACUGCCCGAGGGCCCGGGGUCAGUAGGGGGCCCCAUGAGAUGCCCCUGGUACCUUUUUCAUAGGCUUUUUUUGAGUUUUGGCAAGGACACAGGGGCCCCAUGAUCCCCUAUUGCCCGGGGGCCCCAUGAGUUAUCAGUCCGCCCCUGCUUGUAACCACUUCCUAUGUACAUGCGUGGACUGCAGCUAUGGCUGCAUUGCAUUUCUCAGAGCAGGUUUACUGAUGGUGGCAACAGUGGGCCAUACCUGCAUAGUGUUUAUUAGUCACGGC